AUGUCAAAGGGCGUGUACGACGUCAGCAAGUAUGCUGGCGUGUGCUUCGCCAACCUGCUCAGGACCAAGGUCAUCAGCAGGAAUAUCAAAGUCAACGUCAUGACGCCCGGUCUCGUCUCCACGGAGAUCAACCAGAACAAUGCCGACUACAAGGAGAUCGCAGGAUUCUCCGUAAGCCCUGAGGAGGCGGGCCGCGCGCUGUUUGAGACCUCGUUCGUCACGCGACCCACGGAGUUCGUCUACCCCUACUGGUUCCCCCCGGACGUCAUGAGGUCGGAGGCGCCCGUGAAGUACGCUCCGCGGUUUAAGGGCUCCCCGACGUGCAAGCAUUAUCGAAGAGGAGCCCAAGGACUGGCUGUGGCGGCCAGAGAAGUUCCAGAGGUACCGCUACCGGCUCCACGCGUCCGUGGCCCCAGAGUGCAAUUCAACCACCCAGCAGGCUUUAUGGUACUGGAGCCGAAACGCGGUGGAUUUGCCAGAGAGGCUGGACGACGGUGA